AUGGGCUCCAACUCCACACAUACCAGCCUAGUGAGCUGGCGACUGGAUGACGAUAGCCGCUCUGCUUGGGACAUACUUUGGGCUUGUGGUUCCACCAUAUUUGCCUGCACUUGGACAGUCAUACAUGCCGAUGUACCUAAUCGAGAUGCUACCAACUUCCGACAAACCAUCAUGUUCCUACGCACUUGGUUUAUGGCACUCCUAGUCCCGGAGGUGAUUUUCGGAUUCGCCUGGCUACAGCUUACAAAUGCAAGAGAGUCCCAAAAUAUGUAUAAUGUAGCAUUGAACCAUGAACCAACUAAACUAAAAUCACCUGAGACCUCCAUGCACAGCCCACCCGAGAAACUUCGUGCAGAUCCAGGUUCUGAGACGUGGUCACUAGUUCAGGCCUUCUGCAUCAACGCGGGCGCAUUGGCCUUACGAACAAAGGAUGAAUGGGUCUACAGUGUACUAACCGAUGAGGAGAUGGUGGAUUUUAUUACAUCGGGCACUGUGAGGCCCUCGGACCUUCCUGAGCAGGAGAUCCAGUCUCGCGCUAAAGCAGACUCGUUCGCCAAACUUUUCACCUUAUUCCAAGUUACGUGGUUUCUCUGCAACGCUUUCACAAGAUGGGGUUACCACAUUCCAGUAUCGCCAUUGGAGUUGGCAACUGUUGCCUAUGUCGUCAUCGCCAUUCUUACAUAUCUCACUUGGUGGUAUAAACCUAAGGACAUCAGCACACCCGUCCUUGUGAUUCUACCCUGUGACCGUCGGACUUUGGAGGCGAAUUUCCCGGAUAAGAUUGAUUCUCACCGAUGGACUCACUUGAAGGUCCAAGUCAAGAAAGAGACCAUGCUGGAUACCCUCAAAUCAAGUCUCACGACUUCAAUCUUUGUCAUAGACCCCCCACAAGAGGGCGAGGUUGUGAGGAAGAAGGAGAACAAGGGGGCCACGAUCCUCUCAUUUAUAUCACUCUUCAUCUAUUCAUUUGCUGCUCUAGCAUACAGUGGGAUACAUCUUGCUGCGUAA